CUUGGCCGAGCUCGGACAGCGUCUCACCUGCACCUAACGGGCUCCGGCGUUUCUGCUGCGGCGUCGGUACCCUGGGACCUGCCGCGGCCGCCGGCGGAGUGGGGACGACGCCGGGGUACCCAAAAGCCGGGAAACCGAAAGCAGCGAAUAACCACAUGGAACUACGUUGUAUGAUAUCCUCGUGCGUCUCCCCAGGGUCUUCCUGGGCGCAAACAUCCUGUGGGAAGUCCUCUGGGGGCAGCUUCCUCUUUGGAAACUUUCCUAGGUGAUCUGUCCUGUCAGCACUGUCCUUCCCUCGGACUCAGUGGUCUUUGAGGAUGUGGCUGUGAACUUCACCCUGGAGGAGUGGGCUUUACUGGAUCCUUCACAGAAGAAGCUCUACAGAGAUGUGAUGCGGGAAACCUUAAAGAACCUGGCCUCAGUAGGGAAAAAAUGGGAAGACUGUAACAUCGAAGAUCAGUAUAAAAACCAGGGAAGAACACUGAGGAGUCGUAUGGUAAGGAAACCCUGUGAAAGUAAAGAGGGUAGUCAAUGUGGAGAAAACAUAAGCCGUAUUUCGAAUCUCAAUCUAAACAAGAAAACGUCUACCAAAGUAAAAACAUGGGAGUGCAGUGCUUGUGGGAAAGUCUUCAUGAGUCACUCAUCCCUUAAGAGGCACAUGAGAUGUCACACUGCGCCCAAACCAUACAAGUAUCAGGAAUAUGGAAAGAAGCCUUAUAAAUGUAAGCAGUGUGGGAAAGCCUUCAGUUAUCUCCAGCCUUAUCAAAAACAUGAAAGAAAUCACAGUGUGGAGAAAAGCUAUAAAUGUAAGGAAUGUGGGAAAUCCUUUAGAUAUCGCCAGUCUGUUCGCAAACAUGAGCGGACUCACACUGGAGAGAAACCCUAUCAGUGUAAACAAUGUGGAAAAGCCUUUAGAUAUCAUCAAACCUUUCAAACACAUGAGAGGACUCACACAGGAGAGAAACCCUAUGAAUGUAAACAAUGCGGUAAAGCCCUCAGUUGUCCCAGUUCCUUUCGAAGUCAUGAAAGGACUCACACUGGAGAAAAACCUUAUGAAUGUAAAAAGUGUAGUAAAGCCUUCAGUUGUCCCAGUUCUCUUCGAAAACAUGAAAGAACUCAUACUGGAGAGAAACCCUAUGACUGCAAGGAAUGUGGGAAAGCCUUCAUUUCUCUUGGAAGCUUUCAGAGACACAUGAUAACACAUACUGGAGUUGGACCAUAUAAAUGUAAGGAAUGUGGGAAAGCGUUCAAUUGUCCAAGUUCAUAUAGAAUACAUGAAAGGUCUCACACUGGAGAAAAACCCUAUGAAUGCAAACAGUGUGGGAGAGCCUUUAGUUGUUCCAGUUCCUUUCGAACACAUGAAAGAACUCACACUGGAGAGAAACCCUAUCAAUGUAAGGAAUGUGGAAAAGCGUUCCACUGGCUCACCACUUUUCAAGUCCAUGUGAGAACUCACACUGGAGAGAAACCCUAUAUAUGUAAGCAAUGUGGUAAAGCCCUCAGUUGUCCCACUUCCUUUCGAAGACAUGAAAGAACUCACAGUGCAGAGAAACCCUAUGAAUGUAAACAAUGUGGGAAAACCUUCAGUUCUGCUCUAGGCUUGCAGAUACAUGAAAGAACUCACACUGGAGAGAAACCCUAUAAAUGUGAGGAAUGUGGGAAAGCAUUUGUUUCUCUCACAAGCUUUCGAAGACACAUGAUGACACACACAGGAGAUGGACCUUAUAAAUGUAAGGAAUGUGGUAAAGCCUUCAAUUGUCCCAGUUCAUUUCGAAUACACGAAAGGACUCACACUGGAGAGAAACCUUAUGAAUGUAAAAUAUGUGGUAAAGCUUUCAGUUGUUCCAGUUAUGUUCAAGUACAUGAAAGAACUCACACUGGAGAGAAACCCUAUGAAUGUAAGGAAUGUGGAAAAGCCUUCAUUUAUCGCACAACUUUUAGAGGACACAUGAGAGUGCACACUGGAGAGAAACCGUAUAAGUGUAAAGACUGUGGGAAAGCCUUCAGUCGACCAAGUUCAUUUAGAAGCCAUGAAAGAAUUCACACUGGAGAGAAGCUUCUUGAAUGUAAGCAUUGUGGGAAAGCUUUCAAUUGGCCCACAUCCUUACAUAAACAUGUCAUGAGAAUGCACACUGGAUAGAUAAUUUAUAACUGAUAAAUACAGGAAAGUUUUCAAUCUUAACAAAUAUAUUCAAAAUCAUGUGAAAACUCCACUGGAGAGAAAUGCUAUAAGAUGUAAGUAAUAUGGGAAAGCCUGAUGCAAAUUAAUUUGCAUAUAAUACUCCAGAGAAUUCACAACAUGAAAGAAAUGUUUUUAAAGUUAAAAAUAUAUUUAUCAGUGGCUCAUUCUGAAACUCAGUCCCUGGACUGUGGAUUCUACUUGUUACUUUUGCAGAUGAACAUUGAGUUGAGACAAUUCUGUAAGUAUUCUUUAAGCAAUAGUAUAUAAGCUUAGUAGAUAGUGUUUUUCCUUAAAUCAGCUCAUAAAAUUUUUGUCUUUCUGUUCUGAAGUCUGUUGGAUCCAUGGGUGAACUGAAAUACAAUUGUAAUAUGCCAAUAGAGUUAAUGUUUUAUAUAAUUUUUAAAUUGUUCUGCAAGGGCCACGGAAUCAAAUGACAGUUUGGUAUUUGUUGGGAUUUUCCUAUUGGCCUCAUCUUGCAGAUACUGGAUACUCCUUACCCAUUAUAAAUAUUCUUCCUUUCUUAUGGGAAAAACUUUUUGUUGGAAGAGCUUUCUUCCAUUUUCCUUGAUUGAUAAAUAGUUGGCAUAAAUUUCUAAGUGUGCAAAGUUUUCAUAGAGCAUAAUCUCACUGGAAUUACUAUUUACAUCAUUUUCCCUCCACUCUUCGUCAUUUUUCUGACUGUGAUUUGGAUAAUAGACUUUACAUUAAGAAAAGAGAUCUUUAUUGACAUCAACUUCAAACUUAGGAAGCAACCCUAAAAUGUUUACAAGGCUAAUUAUUUUAGAUUUAAAUUCAUAGCUACAGUAUCUUUGCACCAAAGGAACACUUUUUUACCCAUCAGUGCAUUAAAAUCCUGCUACAUUACUCUGAUGUCACCAUUUAGAGUAUCUUUUUCCCAUAAUACAAUGAGUGAUUAUGUGAUAGCCCUAAAGUCAACUGUGCUAUUAUUGUCCCUCCAAUAACAUUCAGCUCUUGCUCUGUGACUGUCCCGGACACCAGAAAUACAACAGCGAACAUGAGCGAUGUGGUCACUGCUCUCAGUGCUUCAAGUGUGUAAGAUGAAAUAGAAUUGUCACUUUUCUAGUUGCCUUUCUAAGUGUUUACAUUUAAACUGUCAUUCAUUUUUGUAUUGACAUAUGUGAUAGACCAGUAAGCCUUUAUAUUUUCCAAGAAAGAAAAUAAACAUGUAAUGAGACACUAAAAUGUAGAAUUGGAGAGGGCUCUCCUGGAAUGUUGUGUCAACAUGGGUGAUGUGACCCACAUUUUCUAGAGCCUGUUCUUUAUCUGGCUCACUGUUAGAAUUCACUGGUAGCUUCACUUGUGUGACUUUUGAAAGGCAGUGAAGGCCUUAGUCUUUGAACCACAGUGCAGAGACAGACAGAUGCACAGGAGUUUCACACACCUUCUUUCAGCCCAUUUUCCAGAUUCUUUGCCCUGCCAGUCAAGGGUGUCCUCAUACCACCACCAACUAUGUGACUUGUUUUCUCAGAGCUGUAGGUUUCUACAGACAGCUGCACAAGAUCCACAGCAAGAUCUGACACAGGUUGGAUUUUCCUGCAAGCCCUCAUGUGUCCACCAGGCAACAAAUGUAGACUGUGGUGGUUGAGAAUGUUCUCUGGAACUCUAUGCCCCUUUCUCUAGACUGUAUUUGUAUAAGGUCUGAUUUGUAUAGUAAACAUCUCGUUCUGUUAAUCCUGUAGUGACUGUGUAUUCUUGGCUCCGCCCAGACAGCUGCAGUGGUGCCGUCAGAGGAGCCACAUGGGCGUCUGUUCUCCGCUGCCCUGUGCAGCGACUGCUCUGACCCAGUCCCUCCAUGUGAGAAUUAGCACCUUUCUCCUAUCGGGCAGAUUGUGGGUGUUUCCGAUUACUCAGAGCCAAACAUGAUUCCUCAGCACAUUUUUAGUUGUUUGAUUGUAUGUGAUGUAAAAAACAAUGUUCGAUUUUUUGUCAAACGAAUGCUUCUGUAGGUGUAUACUUAGAAAUGUUUUAUCGAUUGUUCUGGACAACUUGUAUACUAACAAAUACUAUCUUUCCCAUUUCCCAAUAGGGUAAAUUAAAACAUCCCUUGCAAUUGUAGAUAUUUAGGUCAACUUUGUGAUUUUUGUCGUUAAUCAUUAUACAUUUUGAAUCAGUAUUACCAUGUGGUAUUUUUUCCUCAGGCAAGUUUUAUUUUUUAUUCUAUGGUUUAAUUUUUAUUGAAACUAAUUUCCAUUUGUUCUUAAUUAAAAACUUAAAUCAUUGUUUUGUUAGUGCCUUCUUGCCAAAAACCAGGAUCACACUCAUAUUCAAAGAGAGGGGUGUAAUGAAUCAUCGUAAUAAAGAUGAUCACAAACUAUAAAUGAUAAUGGGCUGGAUCAGUGAGAGGGUACCCAGCAGAUCUUCCUACAUAAUUUAUUUUAGGCUUAUGUUAUGUGCUGAGGCUGGGACCAAGUAAGCAGAAUGUCUCUAUGUAUUGUAUACUGUGAAGAGGUGAACUUAAUUCUAUCUUUGGUAAUGUAAUAGUUCUUAUCUAAACACUGAAAUAUUUCCUGUUGUAUAUGGGGACACUGUUUUC